AAAGUAAUUGUUUUAACAAGAUAUUAUUUUAAUACAUUGGCGCAAUGGGUCAAUACAAUUGUAAACGUUGUACGAAUUCACUUGCCUCCAAAAUUUUCUUUCGUCGUGAUCAUUUUAUACGUCAAGAAAUCAUAUCCGUGUUGAAUUUUGAGCAAGACGACGGCCAACAUCACGUAAUGACCAUAUUAAAUUUACACGAUCGUUGGAAGAAACUCAAACACGAAAGACAUUGCAGCGAAGUAUUAGAACGCCGCAUGUUGCAUCACGCCGCUAAAUUGUGUUAUUAUUGGUGGUUAUCCAAUAGUAACUUGGUGUGUCAAGUCCUUUAUCGAAUUUACCAACUCGAAUCUCAUUUUUCAAUCGUCUACAAUCAGGAUAUUAGCUUUAUAAACGAAGAACCUCAAACUGACGAUUGGCCAAUUCCGAUAGCGCACUGCAACGUAGAUUCUAAUGAAUACGCCAAGAUAAUAUAUUUCCUUCGUCACGCAAACAAUUGUAAAAUGACUAUUAAUGGCGUUAGAUUUUCGGAUAUGCCCAUCUCUUCCUUUUCUCCGCUUCCACCGUGGGUUUCCACCGUGUUGAGAGGUAAGCCGAGGUUACUUCAAUUGUUACUUCAACACGGAUCCAUGAUCGAGCCGGAUAAUAUUUUACUCAAUAAUAGCUGGAAAUACUAUUUGAAUCCUUCCCGUUAUCUUCGAUAUACUAUCUCAGUUUUGUGGACGCGCAAUGUAAAAUCUCUUCCUACAGAAUACAUUAUAAAUGAUCUACAACUUCAGAGAUCGAUACUGAUUGUUAAACUGUUACUUCGAGUUAUUCCUCAGCUACAAAGAAGAGAUUUGACGUUUAACCUUUCUAAGUACUCGCCAGGAAAGUCAUUGUGUGUCACAAAAAGCAGUUCAUUCGUCGUCGAUUUGAGUGAACGAGGAAUUAUAUGGAAUUUGAGAGAAAGAUAUUUGGAACCGUCAGAACUUCGCCAUCUUUGUCGAUGCGUUAUCAGAAGACAUUUGAGGAAAAUGUGGAAACUUCCUCUAGGGAUUUUUGAACUUCCACUCCCGAAUUUACUACAAAAAUAUCUGAAUUUGGAACACGACUAAUUCGUUUUUUAUAAGUUAAUUUCCAAAAAAAAAUUAAUUAGAAUCGUAGCAAUUUUACAACGCUUUGGACAAAUUAAAAUAAUGUUUAAUUAUAAAAAUUAGUUAAUUAUGAUUAGUGUGUAAAUUAAAUGCUUUUCUGUUCGAGAUAUUUCGUUAUUAUUCCUAAUGUUAAGAUAUUUCUAAAUCAAUGUAAUUCAAAUGAGAAAUUUACGAAUUUUGGAGAAACUAGAAUCAUUUAACUAAAUUGAAGCAUUUAAUUCAAAUGAUGGAGUAUAUCGUGUAUGAAUCGUGUUGUAGUGUCGGAGUCAGUAAAAUUCUUUCAA